CCUCCGCCUGGGGAGGAUGGUGCACACAUGGGUGGCUGCUUCUGCAUCCCCAGGGAACAGAGUCUGCCCUGGGGCGCAGGUAAAGAAGCUUCUUCCAAGGAUCCGAUCAUAGCCAGUGAGGUUUUAACCUCAUCUGAAGACAAAGAAAAAUGUUUCCUGCCACAGAACAUGACUCCAGACCUGGCACUCUCCUUCAGCGUGAGGAGCCGCUCCAAGAGGUGUGUCAAUGGCCCCUUGCAGGAAGCGGCCCGGAGAAGGCUGUGGGCGCUGGAGAAUGAGGACCAGGAGGUGCGUGCCCUGUUUAAGGAACUCUCAGCAAGGUUGGUGAGUAUCCAGUCCCAGAAGGCACAGUUUCUCAUCACUUUCAAGACCAUGGAGGAAAUCUGGAAGUUCUCCACCUACCUGAGCUUAGGCUAUGUAUCCGCGUGCCUGGAGCACCUCCUCUUUGAUCACCAGUACUGGCUCAACAGCAGGAUGGCGGAGGACACAGAACUCCAAGUGUCCGUAGACGACAAACACCUGGAAGCCGUCUACCUGGGGCUCCUGCAGCAGGAAGGGCACUUCUUCUGCAGAGCCCUGUGCUCAGUGGCUCAGUCAGCUGAGAAGGAAGGAGAGUGUUUGCCGUUUUGCAAGAAUGAGUUGAUCUCUGUGAAGAUUGCGGAAGGCGGGUCCGAGUGGGAAGGCGUGUCCUUGGUGACUGGCCAGAGGGGCCUGGUUUCCGUCUCAGCCCUGGAACCCCUGCCUCUUCCUUUCCACCAGUGGUUCCUAAAGAAUUAUCUCGGGAGCUGUGGCCUCCCCAAGAAGAAGGACUGGACAGGCUCCUGUCACAUGGGCAGAGGGAAAUGUAAGGUCUGGAAAGAAUAUGAAAGGGAAGACAAGGAUGAGCUGAGCUUACACCAGGGGGAAAGCAUUGAGAUCAUCGGCUUUGUCAUCCCUGGGCUCCAGUGGUUCAUCGGGAGGUCGGUGUGCUCAGGAGAGGUGGGCUUCGUCCCCACCAGGAACAUAGAUCCUGACUCUUACUCUCCAAUGAGCAAGAACUGCGCCUUUUUCAGUGAUGAAGAAAGAUGCUCUCUGUGGGUCCCAGGAAGUGACAGGAAGGCCGAGGGUGCCACCUUCCUCCACACGCUCGCCCACACUGACAUCGCGUCUGUCCACCGACUCAGUGGGUUUGAAUCCCUGCAGAAUCAUCCAGACGAUUUGAGCGCACCCCAGGGCUUCAGCGAGGCCAGGCCUCGUGGGGCCUGGGAGGAGCGUCAGGCCCUGGGCUCCCGACGUUCCAGUGGCUCCGAGGACUCCAGUCUGGAGGAGGAGCUCCUCUCAGCUGCCUCAGACAGCUACCACCUGCCGGAGCCCGAUGACCUCGACGACCCGGAACUGCUCGUGGACCUAAACACUGGUCAGGAGGAGGAGGAGGAGGCGGAGAGUUUCGCCCCCAUACUAGCCUUUCUGGACCAUGAGGGUUAUGCCGACCAUUUUAAGAGCCUCUAUGAUUUUUCUUUCUCUUUCCUCACGUCUUCCUUUUACAGCUUCUCUGAGGAGGGCGAGCUUGUGGCCUAUCUGGAGGCCUCGAGGAAGUGGGCCAAGCGGAGCCACAUGACCUGGGCCCAUGCUCGGCUCUGCUUCCUCCUGGGCCGACUGGGUGUCAGGAAGGUCAAACUGUCUCAGGCCAGGGUGUACUUUGAGGAGGCCAUCCACAUCCUCAGUGGGGCUUUUGAGGACCUCCCGUUGGUGGCUGCGCUGUACAUCAACUUGGCUGCCAUCUACCUGAGGCAGAGGCUGAGGCAUAAAGGCUCGGCCCUGCUGGAAAAAGCCAGCACGCUGUUGGCCUGCUUGCCCGACCGAGAGCCCAGCGCCAAGAACGAGCUGGACGUGGUGGCCUACGUGUUGCGCCAGGGCAUUGUGGUGGGCAGCUGUGCCCUGGAAGCCAGGGCCUGCUUCCUGGCCAUCCGACUGCUCCUGAGCCUUGGGCGGCACGAGGAGGUCCUGCCCUUCGCAGAGCGUCUGCACCUGCUGUCUGGACACCCUCCUACCUCGGACGCUGUGGCUGUCAUCUUGAGUUUUCUGUACGACAAGAAAUAUCUUCCACACCUCGUAGUGGCCUCUUUGCGGCAACGUGGAGCCCAGAGCGCCCUAGGGAUGCCUCUUCCUAUCUGGCAGGUCCACUUGGUCCUCCAGAACACCAGCAAGCUCCUGGGUGUGCCCUCGCCAAGGUGGGGAGAAGUCUCUGCCCUGGCCUGCCCGGCACUGAGGCAGGUGCUGGCCGCCUCUGAGGAGCAGGCCGAUCAGAGCACCCAGAGGGCGGUGUGUCUCAUCCUGUCCAAAGUGUACCUCCAACACAGGUCUCCUGAUGGCGCCAUCCACUACCUGAGCCAGGCCUUGGUGCUGGGGCAGCUGCUGAGUGAGUACGAAGCUUUUGAAUCUUCCCUCUGCCUGGCCUGGGCCUAUCUGUUAGCCAGCCAGGCCAAGAAGGCUGCGGACAUCCUAGAACCACUGUUAUACUCCCUGAGGGAGACAGAGAGUCUGACCCAGAAAGGGGUGGUCCAGAACCUCUUGGGACUCGCAUUUCAAGGUGAAGGCCGCAUGAACAGGGCCGCCAAGAGCUAUCUGCGGGCCCUGAACAAGGCCCAGGAAAUGGGGGAUGCGCGAAAUCAGGCGGUGACUUUGGCCAAUCUUGGCCACCUGGCUCUCAAUUCUGGGGCUCAACAGCCAGCCAGGGACUACCUCCUGCAGGCCGUGCGGCUCUAUUCUGAACUCCCCGCCAGUAUGGAGACAGACAUGGAGUUAGUACAGGUGCUGCUCUGGUUGGCUCAAGUCCUCGUGUCUGGACGUCAGCUGGUCAGUGGCCGCCUUUGCUAUGAGGUGGCAUUGCUCUUCGGCCUCAAGCACCGGCACUUGAAGAGUCAGCUUCAGGUCACCAAAUCCCUCUGCCAUUUCUACAGCUCCGUGUGUCCCAACCCGGAGGCCUGCAUCAUCUACCACGAGCACUGGCUGGCCCUGGCCCAGCAGCUCAGGGACCGCGAGAUGGAGGGCAGGCUGCUGGAGUCACUGGGUCAGCUCUACCGGAACCUGAACACGGCCAGGUCCCUCAGGAGGUCUCUCACCUGCAUCAAGGAGAGCCUGCGAAUCUUCAUCGAUCUGGGAGAGAGAGACAAGGCCGCUGAGGCCUGGCUGGGGGCGGGGCGUCUCCACUACCUCAUGCAGGAAGACGAGCUGGUGGAGCUGUACCUGCAGGCUGCAAUCCAGAAAGCCCUGAAGUCAGAGGAGCCCUCCCUGGCUCUUAAGCUUUAUGAAGAAGCAGGUGACUUGUUCUUCAAUGGGACCCGCAGCAGGCAUCGUGCGGUAGAGUAUUACCGGGUUGGGGCUAUUCCUUUGGCAAGGAGGCUGAAGGCAUUGAGAACGGAGCUCCGGAUUUUCAACAAACUGACCGAGCUGCAGAUUAGCCUGAAAGGCUAUGAGAAGGCUCUAGAAUUUGCUACUCUGGCUGCCAGACUCAGUACAGUCACAGGGGAUCAGAGGCAGAUGUUGGUGGCCUUUCACCGUCUGGCGACUGUGUACUAUUCCCUGCACAUGUAUGAGAUGGCCGAGGACUGCUACCUGAAGACGCUGUCUCUCUGCCCAGCCCCUCUGCACAGCCCCAAGGAGGCCCUAUACUAUGCCAAGGUGUAUUACCGCCUUGGCCGACUCACCUUCCAGCAGCUGAAGGAUGCCCACGAUGCCACGGAAUACUUCUGGCUGGCCCACGCAGCAGCGGUCCUGCUGGGUGACGAGGAGUUGCAAGACACCAUUAGAAGCAGGCUGGACGACAUCUGCCACAGCCCCCUGUGGUACAGCAGCUCCUCUGGGCAUUCCUCAGAGAGGGCACGGUGGCUGAGUGGUGGGGGCCUGGCCCUCUGAGGAGAGCUGUCCCAUCUCCCACCAGUGGUCCCGGUCAGAAACUUCCCCCCUGCCCAGCCUCCUGGACACUGAUCUGUCUGGGGGUUGAGUCAUCCCCUGACCAGUUGCCCCUCUCAUUUUACAAUGGGAACAGAACAGUCCAGAGGCAGGGGUCUCAUUUGAGCCACUCAAGGGAUGGGUGAUAGAGCAGGGAUUAGGAGUCCUGGCUGUGUGUCUAGAGCCUUCCAGUAGACUGGCCCUUUCACACCCAUGUCUACUUUCUCAACAUGAGAAACCUCGCCUUAGGAAACCUAUCUCCUUCCUCUGUGAGGAAACCAGAUGGCCGAUGGGACUCUUCCUCUCACUUACAUUGCUCAGUGGUGGACUCUUGCCCUGCUAGCUCCAUUCCUUUCUCUUCAGCAAGAACCAAAGGAGGUAUCACUCUUCUUGUCUCUGGGCACUGGCAGGAGGCAAUUCAAUGUGUCCUUAGCCCAAAAGGACAUCAGGAGAGCCAGCUGGAAGGCACAGACAGUGAGAUCUGAGGUAGACUCACCUUCUCUACCAUGUUCCAGGCUCUUCUCUGACACAACCCCCCAGAAACCUUGGGGAAGCUUCUCAAGGGUUAAAGCUUAAAAACUGAACACCAAGAAAAUGAUGCUGUAAGUGACAUGUAAACAGUGUACAUUAUUAAAUGUUGC